CGCCACAGAAAGGCGCAGACGCGCUCGGGGGAGUUAGGGGCGCGCAGGCGCCGCUUCGAGGAGUGAGGCUGCGCAGGCGCGGACGGAGUUGGCUCGAAGGAGACCUUCAGCAUUACCCUGGCGGAGCCGGACGGGCUCGGGGUUUGGAGAUAUGUGUAACACACCAACUUACUGUGACCUAGGAAAGGCUGCCAAGGAUGUCUUCAACAAAGGAUAUGGGUUUGGCAUGGUCAAAAUAGACCUGAAAACCAAGUCUUGUAGUGGAGUGAUGGAAUUUUCUACUUCAGGUCAUGCUUACACUGAUACGGGGAAAGCAUCAGGCAACCUAGAGACCAAAUACAAAGUCUGUAACUAUGGACUUACCUUCUCCCAGAAAUGGAACACAGACAAUACUCUUGGGACAGAAAUCUCUUUGGAGAAUAAGUUGGCGGAAGGUUUGAAACUGACUCUUGAUACUAUAUUUGUACCGAACACAGGAAAGAAGAGUGGGAAAUUGAAGGCCUCCUAUAAACGGGAUUGUUUCAGUCUUGGCAGUAAUGUUGACAUAGAUUUUUCUGGACCAACCAUCUAUGGUUGGGCUGUGUUGGCCUUUGAAGGUUGGCUUGCUGGCUAUCAGAUGAGUUUUGACACAGCCAAAUCCAAACUAUCUCAGAAUAAUUUCGCUCUGGGUUACAAGGCUUCAGACUUUCAGCUGCACACUCAUGUGAACGAUGGCACUGAAUUUGGAGGUUCUAUCUACCAGAAAGUUAAUGAAAAGAUCGAAACAUCAAUAAACCUUGCAUGGACGGCUGGCAGCAACAACACCCGUUUUGGCAUUGCUGCUAAAUACAAGCUGGAUUGUAGAACCUCUCUGUCUGCUAAAGUAAAUAAUGCCAGCCUGAUUGGACUGGGUUAUACUCAGACCCUUCGACCAGGAGUCAAACUGACCCUGUCAGCUUUAAUUGAUGGGAAGAACUUCAACGCCGGAGGUCACAAGGUUGGGUUGGGAUUUGAACUGGAAGCUUAGUGUGGUUUUGAGUAAAACCUCAGAUUUAUUCCUGCAAGUGAAGAGAAAUGAACCCACUAUGUUUUGGCCUUAAAAUUCUGUGAAAUUU